AUGAGUCCUGCAGCGAAGGAAACGUUUUUACAUUGGCAUAGAAAUUUGAAGGACAACGACUACGUGUUCAACUUCCAAGAGGAAAUUCUCGCUUAUUGUCGUUCCGAUGUGGAUAUUCUGCGACGCUGUUGCUUGGAAUUGCGCGAACUGUUCCGUGACGUUACUAAAAUCGAUCCCUUUGAGAAAUGCCUUUCCAUCGCGUCCGCAUGCAAUCAAGUGUAUCGGACAAACUAUCUUCGAGAAAACACCAUUGCCAUCAUCCCACCGCGCGGUUACUGUCCCGAGGACGUCCAGUCCCUUCUUGCCCAAAGAUGGUUGUCGUAUACGGCCGAACGAAACGAAAUUGACAUACAGCAUGAUCGUAAUGGAGGAGAGAAGCGUGUUGGUCCGUAUUUGGUGGACGGUUAUCAUGAAGAAACCCACACGGCCUAUGAAGUUCAUGGAUGUUUUUGA